CCGCCUGGCCGCAGGGCUUCGGGCAGCUCACGCAGGUGGGGAUGCGGCAGCAGUGGGAACUGGGCCAGGCCCUGCGGCGGCGCUACCGCGGCUUCCUCAACGCCACGUACCGGCGGCAGGAGAUCUUCAUCCGCAGCACGGAUUUCGACCGGACGCUGAUGAGCGCGGAGGCCAACCUGGCGGGCCUGUAUCCCCCGGACGCGCAGGAGAGGUUCAACCCGAACAUCUCCUGGCAGCCUAUCCCCGUGCACACGGUGCCCGAGGCCGGCGAGAGGCUACUGAAGUUCCCRCUGGGUCCCUGUCCACGCUACGAACAGCUCCAGAAUGAAACCCGGGACUCAGCUGAAUACACAAAUAAGACCAGAGAGAAUUUGGUAAGUGACUGUUUGCAAGAGAUAAGGUCGGAGGACAGUAGCUAAAGUAAGCACCCCUAGGUAAUGAGAGCUCUGAGAAACGGGUAAGACCACCCCCAUCCUGUGCAUGUCAUACAGUAUGACA